AUGCAUUCCCUUGUAUUCCCCGAUGGAUCAGGAAACACGGGCAAGAAGGUGGAGCAACAGCUGAAGCGUUCGCGCGAGGCCGCCUUCGCGUUCGCGGUGUCGUCGGCGGGCGUUGCGCACGCGGUGUCGCGCGCGUGCCGCGAGGGCGACCUGGCCACGUGCGGCUGCAGCCGCGCGGCGCGACCCGCGGCGCUGCCCCGCGACUGGCUGUGGGGCGGCUGCGGCGACAACGCCGAGUACGGCUACCGCUUCGCCAGGGAGUUCGUGGACGCGCGCGAACGCGAGCGGGGAGGAGGUGGAGGAGGAGCCGGUGGCGGCGGUGGUGGCGGACGAUCGUCUCCAGAGUACGCGCGCGCCGUCAUGAAUCUGCACAACAACGAAGCCGGCCGGCGGGCGGUGUACAGCCUAGCGGACGUCGCGUGCAAGUGCCACGGCGUGUCGGGCUCCUGCUCGCUCAAGACCUGCUGGCUGCAGCUCGCCGACUUCCGUCGAGUCGGGGACCGCCUCAAGGAAAAGUACGACGGAGGUGCUGCCAUGAGGUUGGUGAGCCGCAAAGGGAGCGGUGGCGCUGGUGCCGCUGGUGGCGCCGGUGGCGGCGGCGGCGGCGGGCGGUCGUCUCCGCAGCUGGAGCCCGUGAACGGGCGCUUCACGCCGCCCACGCAGGACGACCUCGUCUACUUGGACGCGAGCCCCGACUACUGCACGUACGACGAGACGCGCGGCAUCGCCGGCACGGUGGCGCGCCAGUGCAACCGCACGUCCGAGGGCACCGACGGUUGCGAGCUCAUGUGCUGUGGCAGAGGAUACGACCACUACAAAGCCACGGUGGUAGAGCGAUGCCACUGCAAGUUCCACUGGUGCUGCUACGUCAAGUGCAGGAUGUGCACAGAGAUCGUCGACCGAUUCGUCUGCAAGUAGCCGGCACGGCCCCCACGGCUCCCACGGCCCCCACGGCCCCACGGCCCCUACGGCCGCCCCGGUUUGGCCGAGCGACGCCGUGGCCCCAGCGCCCUCCCGCCCCGGCGUCUCCACGUCGCCAGAACCCCAACGCCUUCUCUCUCGACGGGCCGGACGUCAAUAAUGCAGCCGGCCCGCACGCAAACCCCCACUCGGCGUCAGCCACGAGCCCGGCGCGUGGCUUCAGCUGCGGACUGGCUGCUACUCGUCGCGUGCCACCUGCAGCUCCGGGCUAGCAGCGACUCGGACAAGAUUUCUACACCCGGUACACCACAUCCAUCGGCUACCAGUCACGUGCCACCUGCAGCUCCGGGCUAGCAGCGACUCGGACAAGAUUUCUACACCCGGUACACCACAUCCAUUGGCUACCAGUCACGUGCCACCUGCAGCUCCGGGCUAGCAGCGACUCGGACAAGAUUUCUACACCCGGUACACCACAUCCAUUGGCUACCAGUCACGUGCCACCUGCAGCUCCGGGCUAGCAGCGACUCGGACAAGAUUUCUACACCUGGUACACCACAUCCAUCGGCUACCAGUCACGUGCCACCUGCAGCUCCGGGCUAGCAGCGACUCGGACAAGAUUUCUACACCCGGCACACCACAUCCAUCGGCUACCAGUCACGUGCCACCUGCAGCUCCGGGCUAGCAGCGACUCGGACAAGAUUUCUACACCCGGCACACCACAUCCAUCGGCUACCAGUCACGUGCCACCUGCUACUCCAGUCUACUAGUGACCCGGAAGAUAUUCAGCAAGAAAUUGAAGCCCCCGGUGUUAUCGCAACAACAGAAAGGCUCAGGUUACCGUCGCCUGUAUUAUUAUUAUUGUAAUUAUCGUCGCUAUUAUUUGUGGCACUGUUUUUUGUUGUUGUUGCAACUCGACUGAGAAAGUUGAUUGGUCUAUAAACUGGCAGCAGCUACUGCCUUGCCUUUUUUGGUGUCGCCAAAAGCCAACAUCUGAAGGGGCCAGGAUAUCAACCAACACCAGCCGUCGGCUACCUCCGGCUGCCCCCCGGCGUUCUGAAGGCACCACGUUGUGAAAUGCCUUCUCCAACUGUGAGUCGUUCAGUCAUGAGCUGGCGCCCCCCUCCCCGCCCCUCUCUCUCUCUGCUCCGGAGAGGGCCUCCAUUCCAAACACUUGAAACGGCCAUUGGGGGCUUAACUUCAGCCCGGAUCUGUCCGGGGAUUAGCGACCCAUAAAAUAUUUCCCCACCCGGCACACCACAUCCAGUAUCUAUAUAUCUCUCUUGCUACGGCCGUGGCUACCCACCUACUGCUCCGGUCUACCGGCGACCCACCGGCAGAUAUUCGGUGCGCAAUCGAGGAACCCGGUUGCGACGAACACAUUGCCCGCUGUGAGGCAGCGCGAACGGCGUUCACUUGCGGCGAGGCGUUUGCGACGCCGCCGCCACUUCCGCCAGGUGCCCGGGGACACUCGCGACAGCUUCGCUCUGGCGACCGUCGGCAGAUGGUAGACGGCCGUUCUGUCGCGAGCUGCUGUUGGCGACGUCGCCCAUGGGGGAGAGCGCCGAGCCGGUCGGCUGCAAGCGGUCGGUCGACGUUUUUCCAGUCGCCGCUGUGUACGAGGGAGAGGCGUCACCCGCUGUCGAUAUUUUUUUUCGUCCGUCAGACUGUGAAACGCGGUUGGACUUGCGCGGCGCUGCGGCGGGUGGAGAGCGACUUACUCGCGAGGUCAAACACCGAGGUCGGGGGUCGUCAGAAGCCCAACAUCAUCAUCAUCAUCCUUCCAGGCUUAUUAAAAUGAGUACCGCUUUGUGGGAAGUCAACAAACGGGUAGUCCCGUGGAGAGACUGAUGCCCCCCCCCCCCCACCUCCUCCUGGCAUGGAAAUGUUGAAUUUAGUCCACUGGCUCAGGGCCACCAAUUGAUGUGACGGGCCCCACCAUCUUGCUCGUCUGCUCGAGCAGGGAGACACUCCUGGACGCUUAAAAGUGUUUUUGUCUUUUCAAGAACAAACGGGAAAACCAUCGUCACGGGGCUCAAUCGGGAUCCGUCGUGGGCACGUUGUGAUUGAGCUAUCGGUGAGCUGCGGUUUGAAAUAUGGAAGGGAUCGUUGUACAAACAUUUUUUGUCGCUCACAUUCUUAACUUAUCGAGCCGAAUUUAAUCUUGGAAAGUAUAAAAUUCCUGCAUGGCAACAGCCGUUUCAAAUACACAAUGUGUCUAUAUGUAAUUGUAUGCAUGCUAACUAACAGUAUGUAGGAGACGGUAUAUACUGUGUACGACAAGUUUCUUAAAUCCCUUCCUCGCCCACCCCAGCCAGCAGUAGGCGGUGGGGUACAGUGUGGGUAACUCCCCCACCUCUUUCAAAUCGUCUGGCCGCUGCGGUAGCGUGGGAGCAGGACCCUUGAGAGGCGUUUCUCUGGAGCUCCCACUAGCGGAGAGACCCUUCCACCAGCAGUGGUCUGAGCAGGCAAUUGCAGGGCAGCGCCUUGGGCGCCACGGUGGCGAGAUGUUAUCUCCAUCGCCUGGUGUGCAGGAGGUCGUGUGUUCGAUCCCGACCCUGACACCUGCUGCUGUAUAUUUGGAGUUUGCGCGUCUCUCCACCAAUGGCCACGUGGAUUUUGAUCCGUGUCCUCGGGUUUUUUCCCUCCACGUUGAGAAUGAACAUCACGAGUACAGAGGAUUUGGCUUUUAUAAAUUCCCACCUGAUAGGUCACUUCGUUGAGCUAUCAUUUGUGGCCAGGUCGCUUCUGAAAAAGGGAUAAACAGCUGAGUGGGCCUUACAUGGUAAAAUCAAAUAAAUAUGUAAAUAGCAAAAAUAAAAAAAAUACUUUGCCACCCCUUACUCUGUACAAGGGGCAGUCAACAAUAUGGAGAAUGAGAAGCACGGUAUUUGUAAGCUUCAUUUACAAGACCCCCUCUAUUUAUGUCCCAAACACAACGGUGACGUGCGCGAUUGCGUUACCAUGCUGUACACAGUUAACCGUGGGGUAUGUACGUGCGUCAAGUCACGACCUGUUCUCACAACUUAUUGAAUGCCUCUUGUUUAAAUACAUUCAUAUCCUGCCGAGGGAUGGCGGCGUGGAGCGGUGGCACAGUGGUUGGCACACCGUGCUAUGAAUCCAGCAACCUGAGAUUGAUGCCCGGGGUCAAGGCGAAUUGACCGACUUCAACUCGCCAAUACCGCACUGACCAGAAGUGGUGAAACGCGGACAAACGACCCCUAUGACCGACUCGGGUGUGCGGAAGCCAUUCAUCCCAAAGCGCUGAACAUUAUCUUCAUCAUUAUCAUCUUCAUUAUUAUUAUGACGUAUCCUGUAUAAAACAUCAACUUGGCACACACACAUUGUGAAUAUUGGACUCCUACGCACGGACGCACGCACGCACGCAGUCACCCUCUCAGGCAAACGUACCCACAGUCACCCCCUCAGGCACACAGACUCACCCACAGUCACCCCCGUUUUGGACGUCUUGUUGUUUGCAUGGAUGGUCUCUCGUACCCGCCGUGCAACCGCUACUGUGUAUAAAAACUUAUAAUUUGUAUUUCAUUGUACCAGGUCAGGCUCCACUGAGCUGUGUAGCUCUUCUUCAGAAGCGACCUGGUCAACACAAACGAGAGCUCAACGAAAUGGCUCAUCAUCAUCAUCACGUGGGAAUGCAUCGCAGCCAAAUACUCUAAACGCGUGAUGUUGGUUCUAAACGUGGAGAAAAAACCGGAGGACCGGGAGAACAAACCUACGUGACCACGGGGAGAGAGACGUGCAAACUACAACUAUGCAGCAGGCGUCAGGGUCGGGAUCGAACCCACGACCUCCUGUGUAUAAAAAUCCACACUACUCGAGUAACCCUGAAACAGGUGAAGCUUGCGAAAUAAAGCGGCCUAGUUUCAGAGAACACGACUCUCUCCCCGUGCGUUCACUUCACAUCGCUCGAUACGGCAUUAGGAAUUGUGAGGCCUGAUUCGUGCGUUUGGCAGAAAUCAUCAUGGCCGAGUAUGUUGCACCUACUACCCAGGGUCCCAAUUCGACAAGUGACGCCGCAAGUUACUAAAUUGGGGAUUAUAAAGUUUAACACGUAGUAGCAGGCUUUCACGACCAAUAUUAUCCAUGAGAGGUUCUUUUUUGGGUUCGAUCGCGUAAAUAUAAAUGUGUCGGUGAACCCCCCACCACCCCACACAGCCAAUCAGUAAGGUGUGCCAUGUAAACAAAACAUGCCAAUUAGUUACCAGCUCGGCACACCGGUGUGUGUUGGAGAGUAAACCCACUACAGCAUUUACCAUUUGAGUGCCGUGACGUUUCGCUGGUAAUGACAACAACGGGCAGCAUCAUCAGGCGACAGCCAGAGUUGUGGAGAAAUCCUCCUCCUGUUUUGGUCUUAAAUAGACAGGGGGUGUGAUGACGUCACUUGUGAGCCAAGCAAGUGCGAAGAGCUGGGUGGGGGGUGUUAAAUGUAUUCAUAUAAAUUACUACGGAUAUCUAUUAUUGGUUGGGUUAUUCACAUUUAACCCACACACAUAAUGUGCAUUGUGUAUGAUGUAUGUACAUCCUGCCGUUUUUGAGUCCAACAAUCGCAAUACGUGCUAUUGGCUGCUCACAGUUAAUCACCAUCGACGUAUGGUGACCUGUAUAGGCACGCACUUAAACCCAGCGUCGUGUAACUUGAUAAUAAUACACAGCAGCAGCAGCGGCGGCGGCGGCGGCGAUCAUCGCCCCCUACUCGCAGACUCACGGCCCCAGGUCACUGCAGGCAUGAUGCUCAUCCUGGUCUCUGGAGUUGUCUCACCAGCUGGCUAAGCAAAGAAAAUCUCAACUUGAAACUUUGGUUUUUAAGUAAAAAGGCGUCGAUUCGGCAAUUGUUUUUUGUUCGCGUGCCAAACUCGCCCCUCGGCCACCACGUGAAGUUCUCCGUCGUGUCGCCGCCUUGUGAUUGGUCCACGUGAGGUUUUGUCACGGCCGGGGGCUAAUUGAGGGCACUCCGCCUACCUGGAAAUGAAAAUACAAACCCCCCGUGGAGUAUAAGGUCGCAUAUCCGACUCCCUUUAUACUGGGUAAAGGUAAUGGGGUAUAGGUACUGGGUAUAGGUACUGGGUAUAGGUACUGGGUAUAGGUAAAGGGUACAGGUAAUGGGUAUAGGUACUGGCUACAGGUAAUGGGGUAUAGGUACUGGGUACAGGCAAUGGGGUAUAGGUACUGGGUAUAGGUACUGGGUACAGGUACUGGGUACAGGUAAUGGGUAUAGGUACUGGCUACAGGUAAUGGGGUAUAGGUACUGGGUACAGGCAAUGGGGUAUAUGUACUGGGUAUAGGUACUGGGGUUUAGGUACUGGGUAUAAGUAAUGGGGUAUAGGUACUGGGUAUAGAUACUGGGGUUAAGAUACUGAGUUAUAGAUACUGGGUAUAGGUACUGGGUUUAGGUACUGGGUAUAGAUACUGGGUAUAGAUACUGGGUAUAGGUACUGGGUAUAGGUACUGGGGUUUAGGUACUGAGUUAUAGAUACUGAGUUAUAGACACUGGGUAUAGGUACUGGGUAUAGAUGCUGGGUAUAGAUGCUGGGUAUAGGUACUGGGAAUAGAUGCUGGAUAUAGAUACUGGGUAUAGAUACUGCGGGUUAGGUACUGAGUUAUAGAUACUGAGUUAUAGAUACUGGGUAUAAGUACUGGGUAUAGAUGCUGGGUAUAGAUGCUGGGUAUAGAUACUGGGGUUUAGGUACUGGGAAAGGAUGAUAGAAAGGAGACUGAGGAAGCGGUGGAUAUUGACGAGAGUCAGUUUGGAUUCAGACAGGGAAGGUCAACAAUGGAUGCAAUCUUUGCUCUGAGAGCAUUGAUGGAGAAGUUCAGAGAGAAGAAACGGGACUUGCAUGUGGUGUUUAGUGAUCUAGAGAAAGCGUACGACAGGGUGGCUAGAGAGCUCAUCUGGUGGUGUAUGAGAAGAGGUAUUCCUGGAGGUAUAUGUCCAGCUGAUCCAGGGUGUGUAUGAAGGAGGGAAAAUGCACGUGGGAAGCAGCAGUGGGGUGUCGAAGACCUUUCAAGUCACAACGGGAGUGAAGCGAGGUUGCACCGAGCCUCUUUCCUGUUCAUCCUGGUGCUGGACACACUAAUGAGAGAUAUUCAGAGGGAGAGUAGUGAAAGAUGAUUUUAAGAUCUGGGUGCAAAAGAUUGAAGUGAAUGGGUUGAGGAUCAGUCGGACAAAGACGGAGUACAUGGUGGCAAAUGUCAGUGGAAAUAAUGCAGGAGGGGUAUUGCAAAUUGGAAGUGACCAGUGAAUGAAGACGAACGAGUUUAAGUA